AUGAGCUCAGGAGAAGCAGACGCCCCAGCAGGCGCCCCAGCAGGACCUGCACCCAGGGAUCCACUGAUGGAUUGUCUUCAUGGCCAUCAAACAGAAGAUGAAGGCUUGACUUUUGAGCAAACAGCUGCAGCCAAGUAUCAGAGGAUGCAGGAUGGGCAGAAGAAGGCUGCUGACAGACAGCAAAAGGCUGAAGAAUCACGCUUAAGAAAAUCACCCAAAACUGCAGCUCCGCCAGGCCUCACUGCAGCUAUUCAUGAGUGGGCCAGGGCACUACUGGGCCUCCCCCGCCAGUCCACUUCCCCCUCCUCCUCUCAAGUUGAUGUCAGUCAAAUCACCAAGCACCACCUGCCAGCACCAGCCAAAAUUACUGAAGUGGAAGCCUGGAAUUCUCACAACAAGAAUUGUGAGGACUUUAUAGAGUACGAAAUUAAACAAAAGAUGGCUCAGAAGCUUGCCACCAACCCUAAAGCAUCCAAUACUUACAAAGCAGAGCUCAAGAAAAUAGUCACCAAGGAGGUAGUUGCGGAAUGGGCCAACAGGGCCCCUAAAAAAGGAUUCAUGUCCAGGGUUGCUCUUGCCACUACUUCUGUGCAGAGUUAUGAACCAAGUAGAUUAGCUCUAGCAGAAGCUUCUCUGGCCGCUGCCGGAUUCCCACGUUUGACGCUCCAAUGGAAUAAUACUAUCAACACUCCUUGGAACUCGGCUGUACUCAACUGUCUUCUGGCGGCUUGGCUGGAGUGUUAUAAUGCCAGAGGAGUCCCUGCCUACUAUGAUAUCCCACAGUCUGACGAAACCCCCAAGCUGGCCAAAGAAAUCCUCACCAAGUGGCUAAGUGGCAAGCGCGCCAAAUAUAGUCAGGAGGAAAAAGACAAGGCACUCAUAGCAACCCCGGGCGGAGCUGAAAAAUAUGCUAAGAAGGUGGUUGAAUCUAAGGACAGGAAAGCUAUGAAGGCCUUAAGGACAAAAGUUGCUCAAUCACGCUUACAAGCCAUUUCGAAACACAUCAAAGGCUUCACAGACACCCAUCAACUACUCCUAGUAAUGGACGAAGUGCAUUCAGACACUGAGACGGUCCCUGCAACCCCAGCAAAGCCGGCACAUCGACGUCAAAUCAAGCUAGCUUGGAGAAAGCCAGAGCUGGAUCAAUUGAUUCACCUUGCUGACGAAAUGGCCAGAAAGAACCCAGACUCAACAAAGGCCCAGAAGACCAAUGCGGCCAAGUUUCAGGCAGCCAGGGCUGAAUACUCACCUGCUGCUAUCAAUCCGGAAGACCAACUCCCACCACAGCGAUUUCCCAAGUGCUUAAUUAGAGAAGAAUUUCUGAAUCAACUUGGGGAGCUGGAAGUUGAGGGCCUGGAGUUGUCUGAGAAGCACAUUGAGCUCCAAACCCUCAAUGAGCAUUUGAUGAGAAAGGUUGGAAACAAGUACGCAAUGGCAGUUGCCUCAUAG